CAUCAAUCCAUUGCAUACAAUUCGAUAUCGUAUUCGCUUUCUGCAUCUGCAUGCACUGCUGAUCGAUCUACGUGUCGACACCACAGAAGGCCACGUGUAGUCGGUAUGGCGGCGAAUCAGGACUACGAGGCGGCGGCGGCGACGUGGCUUCUGGAGAGCGGCGGGAAGAAGGCGGUGGCGAUGAGGCGUACGGCCCACAACGUGUCGUCUUCUUCCCUGCGGAAGAAAUCGGAUCUGGCGUUGGUGUCCCGGAUCCGGGUCGGGUUUCUGAGGGCCUUUCUCGCUAAUCUUCAGGAGGUCCUUCUCGGGACCAAACUCUCCCCCCUCCUCCUCGCUGUCCCUUUCGCCAUUCUCGCUCACUACCGCCAUUACGGAAGAGCGUGGAUAUUUGGGCUGAGUCUGGUGGGACUGACGCCGCUGGCGGAGAGAGUUAGUUUUCUCACAGAGCAAAUUGCUUACUACACAGGGCCAACAGUGGGAGGACUCCUAAAUGCCACGUGCGGGAAUGCGACGGAGCUGAUAAUUGCGAUCCUGGCGCUGUGUCAGCGGAAAGUGGACCUCGUCAAAUACUCUCUUCUGGGCUCAAUUCUCUCGAACCUUCUCCUGGUUCUCGGGACCUCCCUUUUCUGCGGCGGCAUUGCCAAUUUGUAUAAACACCAGAAAUUCGACAGAAGACAAGCCGAUGUGAACUCGAUGCUGCUCUUACUAGGGCUGCUCUGUCACGUGCUGCCAUUGAUGCUUAAGUUUAGUGGUGCCAAUGUCCACGUGUCGACACUGGGGCUGUCGAGGGCUAGCUGCGUUCUAAUGCUCGUAGCCUAUAUUGCUUAUUUGCUGUUCCAGCUAUGGACUCAUCGCCAGCUGUUUGAAGCCCAAGAGGCUGAGGAAGACGACGAUGACGUGGCGGCGGCGGAAGAUGAAAGUCCGGUGAUCGGAUUCUGGGGAGGGUUUGUGUGGUUGGUUUUGAUGACGUGUGUCAUUGCCCUACUGUCGGAGUACGUUGUUGCAACUAUUGAAAGUGCUUCAGAUUCUUGGGGGCUGUCUGUAAGCUUCAUCAGUGUGAUUCUACUGCCAAUUGUUGGAAAUGCAGCUGAACAUGCUGGGGCAAUCAUCUUUGCUUUCAAGAACAAAUUGGAUAUAUCGUUGGGUGUGGCUCUAGGGUCAGCAACGCAGAUUGCUUUGUUUGUGGUUCCAUUGAGUGUGAUAGUGUCGUGGAUUAUAGGAGUGGAGAUGGAUCUUGAUUUGAGGGUGGUCGAAACAAGCUGUCUUGCUUUAUCAAUAAUCGUAACGGCCUUCGUGCUACAGGAUGGCACUUCUCAUUACCUCAAGGGGAUUGUUCUGCUGCUAUGCUACUUUGUUAUCGGGGCUUGCUUUUUCGUAUCUCCAUAAUUAAUUAAUUAAUUAAAUAAAUAAUUAUCAUAUAUCUGUCAACCUCAAUUAAUCAAUUGUUAUCAUUAAUUCAUGUGUUUUGGCCCAGGCCGUUCGGUUUGUAGAAACAUCAUCGAUCGAUAUCGCCAAUAUAUGAUGUCAUGAAUUAAUCAGUGAUUUCGUAUUGGAAUC